AUGAACCCUUGCAUAAACGAUCACCGUGAGAGGACAAACAGCGGAUAGAGCUGCAUUAAACUAUAUUUAUAUAUACAUAUUCACACACAAGGGCUUUGGUUGGCCCUAUAAGAUGAGCAGGAUUGCUGCAAUCCUACGGCGUGGCUUCGGAGUAGUACGCGAGCACGUCGGGACCGAUCAUUUGGGGAACAAAUAUUACUUAAUCCCAGAGCAGAAGACAUGGACAGGAAGGAUUGUCCGUGCCAGGCGGAUAGUAGAAGCAGCCAAUGCUAAAGAAUAUGAAUAUAUGGAAGGCAGCAUUCCGAUGGAGUGGGACGCUUGGAUCCGAGGCAGACGGAAGGAGCCCCCCUCCAUCGAGGAGCUGCUGAAGAACGAGUCCAGCAGGGAGCAGAUAAAAACAAAAGCUAAGGAGGUGGAGGAGAAAGAUCGGGCUCUGCUGGCUAAAGAGUACAAGGAGGGUCUGGUGGCGACUCCAGCGAGGACUGUGGCCAAGGGCCACGCAGCUGCCACCAGCUUCGACAAGCAAGAAUUCAACGAGGAACCAACCAGCACUGCAAACACGUUCCAGCCUGGCUCCUGGAUGCCCACUUCCAAGAAAGACUAAUCCAAUCAACAAAAGGGGCCCUACAAUAAAAUUACUUGAGAUUUAAUACUGGAAAUUCCUUCCAGUAUUAUGUCGUCAACGUCCCCAUAAAUUUUGGGUGUUUGCGUUACCAGACUGCAUUACAGGGGUUCUUCUUUUCUUGCCGCUCAUGUCUGUAUUAUAUAUAUAUAUAUAUAUACACAUGAAAGUAUCCAUCACUUAUCUUGAAGUUGAAUUAAACUAAGUUCAUGCUGGUGAAAGACUGAAUGAUAAAAAACUAAACAAAAUGAAUAAAUUGCACUGAGUACAACUACAAACAUCUUUCAGGGAAAGUGAAAUAAGUAUAAUUAUUAAAUGUGGUUACAUUAAAUGAACUGUUGUCUCUUUGUUAUAGAAUAUUGAUUUGAAGAUCGCAAAUCAAUAUUUGCGAUCUUCAAUAAUAAUAAUAAUAAUGUUGCAGUUUAUGGAUUUAAAGACAUUCUUCUCUCACUUAUGUUGACAGUAUAUGUUGGGCAGACACAGUCUUGAGCUACUCUUGAUUUCUUUAUUUUGCUAGGAAACUGGGAAAUAGAUGCAGCAAUUUAUCUGAAAUGUGCAAAGCUAUAAAAAUACAGUAAACUAGGCAAAAAAGUCGA